UAAACGAUGGUUCUCUGCUUCAUUGUUUUUACCGCUACAUCACUUCAAACGAGAGGAAACAACGUCGAAUAUAACAAUGUCCAAAGCCCGUUCCAGUAUGCAAAUCAAGCACAAGAAGGCAAGGAGACAUGUGAAGGCGAAAUGCAGAGUAGAGUUAAAGGAGCGAAAGAGCAUCAAAGAAGCACAAUCGCAAGUACGAGAGAAACUCGCGGCAGUCGGAAUGGAGUGCCAAGUAUUGCAAGAAGAAACUAAGUUGAUGAUCCAGCGAAGUGCAUCUACCCAACUUCGUCUGUCUCUCAUGUUUAAUAUAAUCAAGGCACGAGAGGACGGCGAUUUCGAUAAGGCUGCUCACAUCACAAUAUUGCUACGUGAAAUAAUAGCGACGGAUGACAUGUAGCAGCAAAAAGACUAUCUUCGGUCCAAAUGUUGUGUUUUCACUUUGUUACUCCACCUUUGUUUUAGGAAUAAG